AUGGCUGGGGGAAGUGGUGCCGGCCCUUCUGCGCCUUCUCGGGGCAAGGCGAUGGCUACCGGGAAGGCCACCGCCGAAAAGAGGGAUUCGCCCCGGGGCCCGGAGCCAGGAAUUCCUGGAUACGACUGGGUCAAGAGCGAGAUGGCGAGGGUCCAAAGCGUGUUUCGGACCUUUCUAGAGGAGUUCUUCCGGGUUGCCCUUGUGGGUAUUGACCCCCUGGAGGACGAGGUGUUCCACUUCGGCGGCUUGCCGAAAUUUCCUUUUUACUGGUGUCCCAAACCGUCUAGGUUUCACGGUUUGGGUAACCUGAAGGGAGGGAGGUGUGGCGGAUGGUGUAACACGCACGUGAAACUCCUCGCCUUCGAUCUCCUCUCUCUCACCCAAUCUCCCUCCUUCUCCCGCAGAGGAAUCCCUCUCUCACGCGUCGAAACCCUCGGCUCCGUUACCCUCCGCGACCUCAAGCCCGGCCUCUUUCUCUGCUUCGCUAUCGACGACGGCACCGGCUGCGUCCCCUGCCUGCCCUGGCUCAACAACCGCCACUCCCCCUCCGUCACCCGCCACCACCGCCACGACCUCGCCGAGCACUUCGCCGCCCUCCUCACGCUCGGCUUCGUGGGUCGAGUCAGAGGCAGGCUCGGAUGCUACAAGGGCGCCGUGCAGGUCACCGUCUCCGACGUCAUGCUCGAGAGAGACCCCAACGCCGAGAUCCUGCACCGCGUCAAUUGCAUCUUCUUGGCUCGCAACUGUUACAAUCUUUUGCCUUCGCUGUCUUCUUCUUCUGCGCCGCCACCACCACCACCACAGAUGGCGAGGUCGUAG